AUAUUUUUAUGUGCUUCAAUUCCUUGUCCAGGAUGCCCAUAUUCGUGUGUUGAGAGAGCACCUCAUGCUUUCUCAUUUGUUCCUGAAAAUGGCACUGCUCACGCAUCAUCGCAGGGUCACAACGAAGAUUAUCUCGUCCACCUUGCUGUUGGACAGUGUCCCAGGAGAUGUAUUUACUACGUCACUCCCUCUCAAAGAGCUGUUCUCGAGGAGCUGAUGCAGAGUAUCAUUAAUGCCCCUUUCGAUCCAGCUGAAGUAGCCCUACUGGAGUCUCUCAUUUCAAAAGCCAAUUUUGAGAAUAACAGGUAUCAGAAGCCAAAAAGAAAACCAAAGGUGUCAACAGAGGUGGUUGAUUGGUUCUGAGGUUGAGUUACUGCCAUUGCCAUUGUUAAUAGAUUGAUAAAAUAUACGUUAAUUUUUGUAUAUAAAAUCGAAAUGUAAAUGACAAAUUUAUAUAUUAAAUGUACACUACUGUUUAGCAAGAUGAUUUCCAAAAAUGAAAUG